AUGGCCAACGAGCCGGAAUGGAGUAGCAAGCCUGCGUGGAAGCUCCCAGGCUGGGCCGAGCCGGUUAUGGUGGCGAGUAUUCUCUUUGGCGCAAUGGCCUUGACCCGCCGACGGAACUUCCGAAUCUUCGACAGGUCCGCGGACAGGAACGUUCGAUACCUCGACGACGACGCACACGGCUCCUCUGAUGCGCUCCUCUCCUAUCUUCCCGCCGACGACCACGACCUCGGCCAUGUGAACACGGCCAAAUACCCGCCCAAGGUGCGCAAGUGGUGCUGCACCAAGCUGGUCAUGCCCAACACUUCGCGCUUCCGGAACAACAUCCACAGCCGCAUCCUGCAGCGCUUCCCGUUCUUGAUUGAGAUGUUCUACUGGGUCAUCAACUACGCCUUCUACCGCAUGACCUCAAUCCUCUCCACCAAGCUGUUUGCAGGCAGGGGCAUCUGGGAUGUCGCACAAGAGCACGGACUCGCAGUCUUGGACGCGGAAGAGCACGGCCUGCUGAGCUUCUUGUUCCCCAUCCGCGAGAAGAGCGUGCAGCAGUGGUUCAUGCAUGGCCACCAAGAUGCGCUGACCGUCUUGAACAAGUGCUAUGCUCUCGUCCACAUUCCUGGCACGGUUGGCUUCAUCUGUUGGUACUACUAUGUUGCGCCUUCCUUCGACACAUUCGCCAUUGCGCGCCGAACGAUGACUUUGACCAACUUCUGCGCCUUCGUCACCUUUGUCCUGUACCCGUGCAUGCCGCCCCGCCUGCUCCCCUCGAAAUACGGCUUCCUCGACACGGUGCACCACGAUGACGCGCAGAGCGUGUGGAUGAGCGGCAAGUACGUCAACGCGCUCGCAGCCAUGCCGUCGAUGCACUUUGGGUACUCGUUCUGCAUCGGCAUGACGAUGAUCUACCACUCCGGUCUGUUCCGGCGCACGCUGGAGCGCGGCGAGGUGCGCAAGAACGCCUUCUGGAAGCUGUUCUACCUGCUUGUCGGCCUUGGCUACCCGACUUUCAUUCUCGUCACCAUCGUCGCAACUGCCAACCACUACAUCAUGGACGCCAUGGUAGCGACGUCGUUUGUCCUGCUGUCUUUCUGCUGCAACAAGGUCUUCUACGUCUUCAUCCCGCUCGAAGACAUGCUCCUCUACAUCAUUCGCGCGGACAAGCCGAUACCCACGACCGGAGACCGAUUCCACGAACGCGGCGGGCGCUUGUAA